UCGUUUGUUGAUGUCCUUGGCUCCCUCUGACGUGAGCCAGUGCUGACGGUCUGGACAUGAGUGGACAUUGAGUGUAAAAUCGCCGGAAUCAUUUACUUCAUUAAAAUAAAUCUGAAGUGGUCGGUUGUGACACAGAGGGCAUCUACAGGUACACUCAAGGCUUUCAACCCCCUUCUGUGUAAUCCCAGGAAAGACCCCAGGAAGGAAGAAUGGCCCGACUCGUUCAGCUCCCUCCCAAGUUCCUGCCCCAUGAGUGGCACCUGGCCAAUAAGAACCGCUACAGCAACGCCGAGGCGCAGAGAUCCCGGUCCGAGCGGCUGAUCGCAGAGAGCCAGAGGCUGGUGGAGGAAACGGAGAAAGCAACCCGCAUAUCGCAGCGGGACGUCCAGAAGAAACUAGAGCAGAGGAUCGAGGAUAUCCGUUUCUGGAAGCAGGAGCUGGACAACAAGCUCGAGGAUAUAGUCAAUGAGACUGAGGUGCUGCUCACCUACAGGACCCGGCUGGAGAAAGCCAUGGAGAACUGCGCAGGGCCCCUGGCAGUCACGCAGCAGUGUCUCGCAGAGAGGGAGAAGCGUGUUGCGAUCGACCUGGUGCAUGACGCGGCGGAGCGGGAGCUCAUCAAGGAGCUGGAGGUGAUCCACGCCGUGUCGGCGCUGCUGCAGCGCACCCUGGAGCAGACCAACGAGCAGAUCAGGCUGAACCGCUCUGCUAAGUAUCACCUGGAGAAGGACCUCAAGGAUAAGUUUCAGGCCCAGAAGAUCGAUGGUUUGUGCACAGUCCUGUCAAACAACACGGCAGACUUGGGGUACACAGCCGGGAUCAGCAUGAAUGGGGGCAGUGCCUCGACCCCAGAGGACUGGGAAAACUUUUCCAACGUGAACAUUUUGAAGGCGGAGAAGCAGAAGAAUAACUCCCUGACCCUGCGCGGCCUGAUCGACAACAUCCUCCUGCAGACCGCGGAGGACCUGAGCCAGCAGCGCGAGACCACCGACCUGGCACUGCGGAACAGAGCCCGUGAGACCAAGGCAGCCAAGGGCAAGCUGGAGGAGCACCUGGGCAAGGUGAUGGAGCAGAUCACGUCUCAGGAGAAGAACAUUGAUCUGCUGAAGAAAGCCAUCGCCAAUAAGGAGGCGCCGAUGAAGGUGGCUCAGACCCGCCUCGAGACGCGGACCCAGCGGCCCAACGUGGAGCUGUGCCGAGACCCGGCCCAGCACAGGCUCUUCAGCGAGGUGCAGGAGAUCACCAGCAACGUGGAGAGGUUGAGCGAGACUCUGCACCAGGCUGAAGCAGAGCUGCGGGGUCUGGUCAGGAACCAGCUGUCCCUGGAGGAGGAGAUCCAGGUGAAAUCGAACACUCUGUACAUCGACGAGGUGCUCUGCAUGCAACUGAGGGAGACCGUUGCCAUCAACAGCUUCUGAGCACCGGCAGGGAUCCAGCCCUCUGUAAUCAGCAGGGUCGACAAAGCGAGCUCCCUCUCAGGAGAUACCAGCCUCUAGACGCGCUGCAUCAUGACCCCCGUAGUUUAAUUAUGAUGCCUCACCAUUGUCCAUGGAUACAGUUAUACCAAGCAAUGAUGUCACAGUGACCUUAUUAAUAAAAUCUUGUCUAAUUUGAUAAAUCCAUGCCUGGCUAUUUCUUGAAGCAUCCUGUAUGUUAUCUGUUAUCAAUCUGUUAAACAUCGCUCUGUAUUUAAAGAGGUUCUGGAGUUUAUUUAUAACAUGUAGGACGUUUGUGUGUAACACUAUAAUCGAGUUUUCCAUUUAUCUGUUCUUGCUGUGCUGUUAGCUGGGUUUUACUGCUAUUACAGAAUGGAAGCGUUGCCUGAGCUCUGAAGACUUUAUUCCAUUAAAACUGUUGAUUUUGAGGACGAGAAGUUUGUUGCAGUUUUUCACUACAUUUUCGGACACUCCUUGCAUAAUAUAACUCUCCCUGGGUGGGGUUAGAACUGUGUGGUGUGACAUUACAGUAAAUGCUGUGUGUGGUGUGUCUCAUUGUAUAAGAGAUGUAAUGUCAUGCAGUUUGGGCAAAAGAAAUGCAAACCCCAAACUCAUUACUAGAAGUGGCGUUGUGGCGAAGUCUUACCGGUAAUUCUUUAUUUUCAACAGCAUUGAGCGAGUGAGUGACCAGAGUCAAUUCUUUCAAUGAAAAUCCCUGUUCUUGUAACUGGUCUUGGAUGUGUUUCAUGUUCUGUCAGUACUCAUAAUAAACAGAGAUCCCAC